AACAAGAUGGCGGAUUUCGGCGUCAGGGUAUAGCCAAGUUUCCGUACUGUAUGUAUACUGUGGUGUGACUGUGACUUGUGUGUCUGUGUGUGACUCUUGUGAAUUCGUUCUCGUUGUCGUUUACAAGUAUUAUCAAGUCAUUCUUCUUUUGUCUUGAUCAUUCAAAUUUACUUUAUUUUUUCAAUUUUUAAAACUGGGGAUGUUUGAAUUGACUUCAUCAGAGUAAUUAUUGUUAAGUUGAUCUCCAAAAGGAGAAAUAGUACUACUGCACCUUUAAAAUCGUAUUCAUCUUUAGUAUAACUUUUUUGAGAUGGAUAGACUUCUGCGUUUGGGUGGCGGAGUGCCUGGUCUGAGCCAAGCCCCUCCUCAAUCAGAUGCUCCUGUGGUUGAUACCGCAGAGCAAGUCUACAUCUCUUCACUGGCCUUAUUGAAAAUGCUUAAGCACGGUCGCGCCGGUGUUCCCAUGGAAGUUAUGGGCCUAAUGCUGGGCGAAUUUGUAGACGACUACACUGUGCGUGUCAUUGAUGUAUUCGCUAUGCCACAGAGUGGAACGGGAGUGAGUGUGGAGGCUGUAGACCCGGUGUUCCAAGCGAAGAUGUUGGACAUGCUAAAGCAGACAGGACGGCCCGAGAUGGUGGUGGGCUGGUACCACUCGCACCCGGGCUUCGGCUGCUGGCUGUCGGGUGUCGACAUCAACACGCAGGAGAGCUUCGAGCAACUAUCCAAGAGAGCCGUUGCCGUCGUCGUCGAUCCCAUUCAGAGUGUCAAAGGAAAAGUUGUCAUUGAUGCUUUCCGAUUGAUCAAUCCGAAUUUGAUGGUUUUGGGCCAAGAACCACGUCAGACCACUUCCAAUCUGGGUCAUCUUCAAAAGCCCUCUGUCCAGGCUUUAAUUCACGGACUUAACAGACACUAUUACUCAAUCAGCAUCAACUAUCGCAAAAAUGAAUUGGAACAGAAAAUGCUGCUAAAUCUGCAUAAAAAGUCGUGGAUGGAUGGCUUGAUGCUUGCCGAUUACGCUGAGCAUUGCAAGCUGAAUGAAACUACUGUCCAUGACAUGCUCGACUUGGCCAAGAACUAUAAUAAGGCUCUGGAGGAGGAAGAGAAAAUGACCCCUGAACAACUUGCUAUCAAGAAUGUUGGCAAACAAGACCCGAAGAGGCAUUUAGAGGAGAAGGUGGAUGUACUCAUGGCUGCCAACAUCGUGCAGUGCUUAGGAGCCAUGCUGGAUACAGUUGUCUUCAAGUGAUGUUCUUUAAUAAUGUCAAUGAUCGUUCAGUAUGUUGUUGCAAUGACUCAACAUGAAAAAGACUUACUAAUCAAUUUUCGAAUUUAUUUCUUAUUAAAACAGUAAUUAUGUUUGUAAUUUCAAAUACUUUUUCAUUUACAGUAUUGACAAAUAAUAUUUUCUAAAUUAUU